AUGGCUAAUUUUGAACAUAAUGUGAUGGUUGCUUUGUAUUGGGGUGGCGAAAUAAUUACUGAAAUGAACGGAUUCAGGUAUACUGAAGGUGCCAAAAUGAUUGUUAGCAUGUUUAUUUCAACGAACUAUGCUGAAUUGGUUGAACUAUUGCAUGAGAAGAUGGGGACAAAUAGUGAAAAUAUUCAAAUUGAUAUUUCUGGAAAAUAUCCAUGCUCAUUUCAAGAACCGAUUAUUCAACCAUCAUUCCAGCAAUUACCGAUGCAUGACAAUCCAAAUUUCUAUAAUCAAUCUCACACCAAUGUGCCAUCAUAUAGUGCGACACAUGGUUUCCGUCAAUCAUUUGGUGCAGGUCCUAGCACGCAUGAUCAUCGAUCAUUUGAUGAAGGCUCAAGUAGUCAAAGACGUACUAGUAGUAGCCACGGAGAAUAUGAGGCCAGAGAAGCUGAGGCCAGCGUUGAUAUGUAUAAUGAUGCAAAUGCUGAAAUUAGCUCUGAAAAUUCAGAGGAUGACGACCCUUCAGGAGAGGAUGAAGAGAGUGAAAGAGAAAGUGAACCUGAUGAAUAUAUCGGUGAUAGUGGAGAUUUACUUCAAAAUAAUAUUGGUGUAAAUCCUCAUAAUCAAUUUGGUCAUGGUGUGUCCGAAAUUCCAUGUCAUGAUAUACCCUACUUUACGACAUUGGAGAACGAGGAAGAUAUUUUCAUUUCUACACGAGAAUCUGAGAUGGGAUGUUGUUUAGCUUGGUCCGAGGAUGCCAACAAAGACUUGGAAAAGAAUAUGUAUUUUAGCAGCAAAGCAAAAUUGAAACGGGCCGUGACGAUUUGGAGUUUGCGCAAAAAUAAAGAGUUCGAGGUGGUAACGUCAAACAAAAGUCUAUGGGUUGUGAGAUGCAGGUUUUAUAAGACGAGUAUGAGCAUGCAUCAUAGUUUCAAAAAGGAGAAAGACGUGGCUAGUAUAUCACAAGUUGUAAUAUACCAUCUAUCAAACAGUUCACCUGAAACUAAACUUAAGAACCACUAG